AUGGAUUUACCAAUUAACGUGCAAGACAAGGAAAAUGAUGACGAAGUUGUCAAUGAGGAGAAUGAGGACAAUGAUGUCAAUGAGGAGAACGAUGACAAUGAUGUCAAUGAGGAGAACGAUGACAAUGAUGUCAAUGAGGAGAACGAUGACAAUGAUGUCAAUGAGGAGAACGAUGACAAUGAUGUCAAUGAGGAGAACGAUGACAAUGAUGUCAAUGAGGAGAACGAUGACAAUGAUGUCAAUGAGGAGAAUGAUGACAAUGAUGUCAAUGAGGAGAAUGAUGACGAAGACAUCAAUGAAGGGAAUGAUGACAAUGUCAAUGAGGAGAAUGAUGACAAUGAUGUCAAUGAGGAGAAUGAUGACGAUGAUGUCAAUGAGGAGAAUGAUGACGGUGAUGUCAAUGAGGAGAAUGAUGACGAUUUACAGGUGAAAGUUUUAUUUCAUAAAUUCUGA